AUGAGGGGUCAGUGGUACGCGAUCGGCAAGUACGACCUUACUUCUGUAGCCAAACUCUUUGAACAUCAACACCCUAGGAAGCAAAAUGUCAAGGCUCAAAGUUCCAACUACCUCAUUGUGCAAGCCGAGGACUUGCCUACAGAAUUGACCUCAUCUCAUUACUCCUCUCUCCGAGCGAGCUCUGAUCGUCUCUGGCACGAUAUUCAUUCGACCGCGAAAUAUGGCAUAGGAGAGCGCUAUGGCAACCAUCCGCACCAGACCGGCCUUUCACGUUUGACACUGACAGAGCAUGACAAACAAGCUCGUGACUGGUUCGCAAAAACUGCUCGAUCCCUUGGCUGCACAGUCGAAAUAGAUAGUAUCGGCAAUGUCUUCGCCAUCCGCCCCGGACUCAACAAUAAUGUUCCUGCCACGUUCGUGGGCUCGCAUUUGGAUAGUCAGCCAACGGGAGGCAGGUUUGACGGAGUUCUGGGAGUCUGUGCUGGGAUUGAAAUGCUCAGAGUUCUGAACGACAACUGGAUUGAGACCGAAGGACCAGUCGGAGUAGUCAACUGGACUAACGAGGAAGGAGCCAGGUUUCCUGUGAGUAUGAUGGGGAGUGGUGUGUGGAGUGGUACUAUAAGUCAAGAAGAAGUAUCACACCUCAAAGAAGUGAACGUUCUCCCUGGUCAACAAGAGAAGAAGACACUUGUGGAGGAAUUGAACAAUAUUCAAUAUUUGGGCGCUAAUCCUGCGCCCCUGAAUCAAGGAGGUAUUCCUAUGGCGGGACACUUCGAGCUCCAUAUUGAGCAAGGGCCACGACUGAUCACCUCAGGACAACAAAUCGCGGCGGUGAACGGUGUCCAAGCUUACAAAUGGUUCAAUGUCAAGCUUACUGGACGGGCAUGCCACACCGGAACCACACCAUUUCAAUACAGAAUUGACCCUCUUCUGUCGGCUGCCAAAAUUAUUGCUCAGGUACACAAUACAGCGACUAAACAUAACGGGCUUGCUAGUGUUGGCAUUAUCAACGCUGAGCCAGGAAGUAUCAACACGGUUCCAAGUCAAGUCAGUUUCUCAUUAGAUAUCAGACACGAAACAGAUGCUGGCCUCGAUCAACUAAUAGCAGAAAUUCGUCGUGACUUCUGGAACGAACAAUAUCUUGCACAACGAGGCCGAAGGACUGCCACAACGUUGCAAUACGAUAUUACUGAAAUAUUCAGCAGUCCCGCAGCUCAUUUCGAUGAAGUCGCAGUUAGCAUAGUAGAGGAGAGUGCGAAGGAUAUCACUGGAGAUUCGAACAUUCAGCGAAUGAUUUCGGGCGCUGGACACGACUCGGUCAAUACGUCCAAACAAUGUUCAACAGCAAUGGUGUUCGUGCCUUGUAAAGAUGGAAUCAGCCACCAUCCCGAGGAGUGGGCUGAGCAGGAAGAUUGUGCUGCUGGCACUGACGUUAUCAUUCACUCGGUACUGAAAUUUGAUAAGAUGAGGUAUGAACGAGGGGAUUUCGACAGUGCCGAGCAUGCAGUCAUGAAAAAAAUCAUGUCUGCUGUGAAAUUGCCCGGAACGGGUAGCAUUGGAGAUCAGGAGGUGCGUACCCCGUUGACUAAAGGGCAUUACCUUCCUUAUGUACACAGCGGCAAGCUCAAUGUCCUGAAAGAUAGUGACUACGUGGAUUUGACACAUCCGCAACUGAAUGAUAUUCUGACCAAGCAUAUAGCCGAAACUACAAACGUGACGAUCACCGACGAGCCCACGACCACAAAAGGACACGAAAUGAAGGUACCGAUAAAAGUUUCUCACAGAGAGACAAUGCAAGAACAGAAAGAGGGGACGUUAUCGAAAGAUCUGAAACUUCCAAUGGACGCUGACAAAAUGAAGGAGGAGUCACGAAAAGGCUUCAAGCUCAACACGAAUACUAGUUCCGCAUCUAAUAACGAGGAGCCAGUCUUGGUAGAGGACAGCGAUAAGACAGAUGGUUCGUCCAUUUUGUGCUUGGACCAUGAAUUCAGCGACACGUUCAAAAUCUGGAAUAGACCCACAACCCAUUGGGACGCUUUCAAUUUGGCAAAAAUAAGGGAAGCCUGUGAACAACAAGGCAUUGAUCUGACUGGUGUGGAAACAAGGCAUGGUCUUAUUGACAAGCUCAGUCGGCACAAGUCCGUCAGGACACCACAAAAGCAAGUUGGUGGAAAACAAGAGUCACAGCUGGAUGGUCGCGGUACUGGUGGUAAGGAAAAUCGAGACGCCGCGUCAACCCAGUCGCUUCGAGCCGCCCCAGGUGUACCAGGCGAAAGUGGUGCUCCCAUCAACCUACCAGUUGAGCAAGAGGCUAUUAAUAAGCACAUACGGAAAAUUCAGCGAAGCAUGAAGGAGCUGAAAAACGAACAGCUACUUCCUAAGUAUUGGAUCACGUGGGUGAUCGCUGUUAUUCACAAAAGGAUUUCUCAGGUCAGAUCAUUGCUGCAUCACCGCACAAAGGAAAAAUUUGUAGCGUCUCGAUUUGUACCUACCACAGCACUCGGACAGCCAUCGAGGAUUCAAGACACUCGCGCCAACGAUCUUACGUCUCUGUUUCAGACCACUAGCAAUGCGGUAGAGGACUAUCUCAAUCAAGUAGAGAAGGUUGCCUUUCAACACAGCACAUUCCCGCUCGAGAAGGCCCUUUCUCUUGAUCUAUCUGGAGCGGGCGAUGAUCUUGCCCGAGCCAUUGUUUCAAUUCGGGACCUAGUCUAUGAACUUGUCUACGAAGCAGAAUCCCACUUCAUUAGGAACAUCUCGAGUGACCUUCCUGCCUACAAGUAUCUUUCUUGGGCAUCUCUUGACGAGCACCUGGAACACUUGCUCUCCCUUCGCGAACUGUACGACGACGACUUCAAGCUGCGUGGUUGUCCUGAACUUGAGCAACUUUUCCAAGAGUUCAUUGACGAGAUACGAACGACGAUUCAGGACAAAGAGCUUCUCAUCAAUUGGUUCGAGCACAAGGCAGAGCUGGAAAGUGGGAUGCAAAAGGGCGUAGAUGUUCAAGGGGAUAUUGCUAGGGUUACGGGCAUGCUAGGGAGGUGGAAAGGAGAUCUUGACGCGGAACUGGUACAAGAUAUGUUGGCGAUGGUGGAGGAGAUGGAAAAGCAUAGCGUGAGGCACAGGCGCAGUACCAGCAACAGCAAUUGA